AUGUAUAACAAAACGGUUAGUUCACACCUUCAGAAAUGGUUUCAGACAUAAAAGUGUUCAGGUGUCACCUACGGGCCAAAAUGGAACCGUCACGACUGGAAUCGAUCAGAAAGCACAAGCAGUUCAGACUUUGAAAGGUGUGAUUGGGAACAUAAGGGCCGAGAAAGAAAUGCGUUUCUUUUUUCAGAUUGUCUGAAACUCACCACAAUCAAUCGGCUUCUAACGACAUCCUACGAUGAAGAGGCAAAGGUUUUGGAGGUAAGCAGUUGGUAGCCAUUUUUCUGAAAUGAAAAAAUAUGCCUGAAAAGUUGAGGUACUCUCAGGGUGGUCAGAAAUCAGCAGAACAGCUUUUAACCCAUCUCGGUUAUUCAGUCUAGAAAUUUACUAAAAUUUCAUUGUAAUCAGAUAUUUUUGGACUUAUUUCUAUAUCUAUCUUUUCGCUACCUAUCAGUAUGUGAAAAUUAGGAUUAAUACCCCGAGUAUGCACUGAAAAAGUGUUCUGGUCAGUCUCUAGACACUCCAUCAGUUGUUUUCAUGAGAAAUAACAAAACACGUACUACUGCCGCUUUCCAAUUGAAAAAACCCGACCCUCUAACGAAUAAAUUCAUCUGCUCUCUCUUUAGAAUAACCGGAACUAGAAGAAUCACAUGUUUCCGCUGAAAACCAAGCAAAUAAAUACAUUUCAGCGCCAAAUAUUCCACGCCGUCUAUCGAAUGACAAAAGUGGGUCUGAACGAUCGUGAGAAGCGUGAAAUCAACGCCGUUUGGCUCACAUUCGUCGGCCUGAGCGCUCAGAACAUUCGACACUUGGAGCUUUGCUCGAUCACAGAUUUCAACGCGCUGUUCAGCAUCACAAAUCAAGAGGUUGGUGCUCUCAGUCUCAGGCGUAUGUGUGCAGUUUACACUGCCCUCCCCAACAGUUUACACACUCUGACUACACACCUCCCCUAUCAUCUUCCUAUCUAUUUCCUUGGUUUGUCCCAACCCCCCCACUGAUUAGGAUUCUGUUUCUCCAGACCUUUCCCCUGGGUUUGGUUCUUCUCAUCGUUUGGGUGUUGGGCGAGGGCGCCUUCCCCUCACUCUUUUUCUAUCUUCUACUUCUUCUUCUUCUUCUUCUUCUUUUUCUUCUUUCCCUCUUUCUCUCUCUCUCUCUCUCUCUGUUUCUCUCUUUUCCCCUUUCAAACCACCAUCUUUCGAGUUUUCCCCUUUUUCUCUCUCUCUUUUCCCACCCUUCUCCUCUUCUCCAUGUGCCAGACUUUCUCUUUCUCUCUCUCUCUUUCUCUUUCUCUUUUUUCUUCUAUUUUUCAUUCUACUACUUAUUUUCCAGAAAAAACGGGGAGGUAAUACAAAUUUACGUUCAUUGUUUUGAAUUCUUGCGAAAUUUUUAGCAAAAACAUGCAAUUUAUAGCGGGUUCGCAGUAAGAGAGAAUGUGAGAUAACUCUUUCAAUUUAUUUUAAUUUUGAUUCUGGUUUAAAAUUUUGAUGAAAUCAGACUAAAUAUGGACUCAAAUUGAUAAUGUAAUGUUGGCAAAUAUUAAUCAUAGUCGUUAAAUUAACUCUAAAACCUGAACAUUUCACCUUCUUUCCGCCAUUUUUCUAUUUCCAACCCAUUUUUGACGGAAUAAUCCCUUUAAGCGCCUAGUGUUCUCAUCGAAAGUAAUUGGACUCUCAACCCUAAUUCCUGUCUUCUCUAUUGGAUUAUUUUGAUCAGAAGAUACACCAUCUAAGAAAACGGGAAAAAAAAUUGAAGAUCUUGAUAAAAUUGUUUAUAUCACCCCGCACAUCAAAGCUAGCUAUCUUUCUGAUCACUUGUUCAAAAACCUCUUGAUAUUAAUGAGAGAAAGUGUUUUCAACACUACCUGGCGCCCCGUUUUUUUCCAUUUUUCUUCGUCUCCAGGAACAUCACUUGUUUUCCGCCAACACCUGUCACAUUCUACUAAAAAAACUCCCCGACUUGUUUUCACUAUCCUCUUCCUCUUCUCUUCACAACGGACGAUCCUCAACACCCGCCCCCCCCCCAAACAUCUGUCUAGCCUCAUUUUUCUUCUCACGUUUGUGAUCGAAAAACUUGCAAACUUGCAAACUUUUACGAACAAGUGACACGUGACAAAUGUGAGGUCGUUCGUCACUUUGUAAAAUGUUGCGACCCCACCGAUCACGAUCAUUUCGUGCUUUUUUUUUCAGUUGCGAUCGCUUGCUGAUCGCGGCCGCUUGGAUGUGGAAACCAAAAGAAAGCUGUUGCAAUCAACUGUGAUUCUUCAAAAUCACUGGAACGGUAGGUGGCUUUUGACAACUUCGCAACCGGGAUUAACUAACGUUUUGAAACUGACAAAAAAAGUGAACUUGAAAAAACGUUUGGGCUGAUAACGCUAGUCAUAUUUUCUAUGUCUUGGUAUUUAUCUUUUCCAUAGUGUCUGAUUUUCGGUCUCAACGUAAAACCUGUUUGUAAAGUGCGAUCGGAUUUGAUUAGAACUGAUAAAUUAUGAGAAGAGGCAAGAAAAUGUUCACUUCGUUUCUCUAGAUGAUGAAAUUCCUAUCAAAUCGACGUGAUCGCCGCCAUGUUUUCUGAUCUAUAUUCAGCAAGCCUUGAAGGUUCAUUACUAUAGUUUUCACUUCUAGAUUCGACAAAUUCCAACGUUUCUUGAUAUUUCAGUGCAGCAAGGCUCGCACAAAGAAGAUCAUCCGCCCGGUCCAUCGACGCCAGCCAUCGUGACGACGGCUCCGACGUUCAACGUGCCGUCGCUCUCAGUAACCGGCGUCAAAAUGAUUCAGUCUUCUAGUAUGGGUUUCGGUGAGUCACGGGCGACGACUAAAUGUCAAGAGAACAUCCGGUGGAGAGCGUAACGUUUUCCGGAGUUUUCGGCUCCAAGGGCACAUGAUGAAAUAAAAUAACACAUCUGGCUUCUUGGUUUUCCAGGAAGUUGGCUGCUUUUUUAGAUGUUUCGACGCUUUACAAGAUUUGGAGAAAAUGAGAACAGAAAAAGGUGGAAGAAAACUUGCGCCAUGUUGACACGUGGAUUCCCAACUAAUCCUGUCCUUUCAGUAAAAUAAACAUCUAUCUCAUUUUCAGCGAGCACCGCUCCAAAAUCCCCGAAAACAUCAUCUCGCCUCGUGCACGCCAUCCCUCACAAAUGGCACCGAUCCACAAAAUUUCGGUUUUCCGGAGAUGCCGUUUGUCAUUUCUGUCAACGACCGCUCGGAUUCGGAUUUUUGAACGCGUGGGAAAAGUGUCGGUCAUGCAAGUGAGUGGGGGGAAGAAAGUUGGGAGGCUUGAGAAUUGGAUAUGUGAAUGAUGAUGAUGGAUAUGACUAGGAAAUCAAAUGUAGUGAAAAUAAACUAACCAGGUAUAUAAGUGUCAAUUUUCAGAUGGAAAGUGCACACUCAAUGCAAAGGACGUGUUGGAGACUCGUGCGGGCUCACUCCCGACCAUUUGCGUUUCCUUUUCGACAAGCUGAUUCAAGAAAAUAAUGGGGUUGGGAGAUGCAACAAAAUGGAAUUGACUCACGCUAAUGUAUGCAAUCGUUUCAGGGCAUGUGGAAAGACCCGCAGUCGGUGCCCGGAUCUCGAUCUAUGAAUGAGCCGGCUUUUCAAUUUCCGGACACCGCCAUUGAUUCAUCGUCCUCCACUAACAGUUCAGCGCCGUCCACACCUGCAUUGCCGGCUGGAAUAACAGGUGAGAUACAACAAAAAAAUGGAAAAAAGAGCAUGGUUAGAGACGGACCGGUGAAUUCUAAGUAGGCCAAUCUAGCAAGCAGCCCUCUGACUAGUCAAAAAACGAAAAAUGUCGAGGUCAGAAACGGACAAAGAAAAAGAGUAGACUUGCACUUGUACGAUUACUGCUAGCUGAUCAAAAACUGACUCACAUCCUGUCUGACCUAUUCAUUUUCUUUCUGCUCAGACUUUAACCUUUGAAGCUCACUCUGAAGCAGACUGACACUUCCUUUCCCUCCAACUCAAAAACUAAACAUUGAGACUUUGCGUUCCCCGUCCAAAAUAAUUUGUGUGGGAUGGGAAAUAAAUAAACUGAGUGAAGAGAUUGGAUUACUGUCAGUGCGUUGGUGGUUGCGUUGCCGAACGUGCGAAACCACUAGAGAAUAACUCAAUUUGACUGUUAGAAUUUAAACUCCUCGUUAACAUGAUUAACUUUCAGCAAACAUCAACUCCUCGCUAACCGCACCCUACCGCUCGGAGCGAAAGUUCCUCUUCCCGGACACCGAGACCUAUUCGAUCCACAAUCGGCUGCCAAUUCUAGUGAUCAGCGAAGGAGACCAUCCCUCGGUUUCGGAUAUUCAGCAGGAAACCGAGAACCACAACAAGGCAGUGGCGGCAGCGGCGGCGGCGGGGAACAUUGAAAGCGAGGGUACAAUAGUGGGCUCCACUCAUCAAGAAGACUCGGUGGGCAGCCAGGAAGCGGCGCCAAAUCCCGAAGUGGUCGACAAAUUCAAUAAGAGGGCGGACGGCGGAUUCACUUGGGAACGACACGCGUGGAACAUGAGCACGAUACGUGGACCUAAUGCGCAGGUUGGUUGACUUUGAGAAAAACGUGAUCAGGUUACUGUAGACGGUCGAUUCAUGAUCUUCAAACUAGAUGAAACGUGGCGCCGAAGUUCAAAAAGCUUAAUGACGUACCUUCAUGCGUUGUGUCAUUUCCGUUGUUAGAAAAAAAGCAUGAAGCCAAAAAUAACUGGAAAAAAGGUAUCGAUGAGAACGAAUGAAGAGAGGCGCAGGUUAGCUCUUUCUCACCAGAUCGAUUCGAAAGCCACGCCGUCCUCAAGAGCACAUACAUUCUCCUGGCGAUGGCGCCGCCCCAAGUACAAAAUUCAUUCGGCUCUGCUUCUCUGUUGGGGCCCAGGCCGGCUUCAUUGGCUGCUUUUUCCCCCCUUCCUCUUUUUCUUCAUCUUCAUUCUGCUGCUCUUCUCUUGCUCUUUGCUGGCUAAAAAUUGCCUCCUCUUCCUUCUUCUACUUCUUCAUCUGCUCUUCCUCCUCCUUGUUUGCCUAAGCUUAAAACUUUGGCGAUUUGGUUUUGGGCCUGACCGGAAAGUCAUGGGCAUUGACCUUCCCGAUCUUCAGACCACUCUUGCACUCACCAUCUCAGCUGAACAGGUAGGAUUUCGGGAGAAAAAGAGGAAGAGAGAUAUGGAAAUAGAAACGGAAGCAAAAAGCAAAAAGCAAAAAGCAAAACGCGGCGCGGGUGGUACGGAAUAGAAGGGCACAUCAUAAAACACGCAAAAUUUAUGAGCUCACCGCGGAGCCCAGGGGCCAAGCCUUUCUUUCGUGUUUCUCAUUUGGCUGCCUCCCGGGCCGCCGCUCUCCUUCUUCUUCUCUUCCUAUUCCACAACCACCCGCAGUUUCGCUGUUGAGAAGAACUCUAAAAAAAAACCGAGAGAAAAAGAUAUUUGACAUUAUUUCUGGUCUAGUUUUUUUUAGAACUUGACUACUACGGUAGCUGUACAACUACAUUGUGAAACAAAGUGCAAAAGCACAAGCUGACACAGAGUAGUGUGGGUGUGUAAUCUGACUCCAAUACAACUCUCCAUCUGAUUUUCUGGCCUUCACAAUCAAACUUUUGUUCAGGCAAGCUGGAAUGAAGUGACGAUUCAAUUCGAAACCAUUGAAUUUGACAAACAAGCCCCGAUGAUUGGAAGAGGACGUUUCGGUACGGUGCUCCGUGGCGAUCACUAUGGAGACGUCGCCGUCAAAAUUUAUAACAUGGAGCAUGUCUCGGAUAAAUCGAAAAGAGCCGAGGAGUUUAAAGUGGAAGUGUCCGCCUAUAAAGUGAGUGAUUUUGUUGUACAUUUCCAUCGAAUUCCAAUCUGAAAAGCUACAUUUUCUAAGCCAUCAUUUUCAGAACACUCGCCAUGACAACAUCGCGCUCUUCAUCGGAUACUUCAUGAGCGACGACAAGUACGGAAUGGUGAUGUCACUCUCCAGAGGCAGCCAAUCCCUCUACACGCUGAUCCAUGUGAUACGUGAGAAGUUGGACCUGGCGACAACGCGUAAAAUCGCCCAGCAAAUCUGUCAAGCGGUGUCUUACCUGCACACAAAAAAGAUUUUGCACAAAGACUUGCGAACCAAAAACAUUCUGAUCGAGAGCAAGAACAAAGUGGUGAUCACUGACUUCGGAGUGCUUUCCAUGAAACGAUUGGCGUUUCCGAAAUGGUAUAUAGUCUCCAAAGUAUCCGAAUCCUCAUAAAAUCCCUUUCAGCAACUAUGGUUACAAGACAUCAAAGUACUGGACGAGCUACAUUUCCCCCGAGAUGGCCAUGUCAAUGCGAACCGAGUUCGACGAAUACGAAAGUGACGAUUUUCCGUUCUCCGAAGCUUCUGACGUCUACGCGUUCGGGUAAUUGAAGCGCAUAGCGGUUUGUUGACGUAAAUCGUUUAUGUUUUCAGAACGGUCUGGUACGAAAUGCUCACAGGGCUCAUGCCGUGGGCCGGUGACCUCGCACAUCGGGUUCUUUUUGCCAAAUGUCAAGGAAUGCGAGCUCAUCUUCCGAACAUCAAGUGUACACAAGAGAUGAAAGUAGGAGCAUAAAUUUUUCAUGCUUCUCAUCGAUGUCAUUGAUUUCAGGAGCUUCUGGUUUCGUGUUGGAGCACCGCUCCCUUCGAACGUCCUACCUUCUCCGACAUCAAUGCAAAACUGACAUCGCUCCCCAAAAAGCAACGUGUGAACCGCAGUCCCAGUUUUCCGGUGAUGAUGAAAAGCUACGAGUCGACAUUCUAA